AGUUUAGUCCCUCAUUUUCUCACUUCACGAUUCCCUACAGCUCUCUCUCUCUCUCUCUCUCUCUCUCUCUCUCUCAUCACUGCCUUCACUCUAUAGUUUACAAUACUGUUUCUGUAUCGGGAUGUCUGCAUAUAUGUUUUGCUUUGGUCCAAUCCUCCUAUUGGUUUCUGUGUUCAAAAAGAGAUGAGAGAGAGAGAGAGAAGCACCAGCUAAAAAUACGAGCACUCGAGAAGAUCUGCUCUCGUUACUAUGCGGCCUUUCACACCUUCCCAAGUCCUGAACAAAGAUUACAUAUUUACUGCUACUACAUAACUAAACCUCUCUCUCUCUAGUGAGGUACCAGAUCGCAGAAUGGGAAGCAAAUGGAGGAAAGCGAAGCUCGCUCUGACGUGCCUCUUCGUCCCUCGCGCCGCAGCAGAGGGCGCGCCGCCGUACUCCGCCGCCGCCGCCGUUUUCUCCGACGACGCUCUGCUCUCUGCGGGGGCGAUGAGCAACGAUUUCAGGAUGCCCACCACGCCGAUUCCGUCGUCCUCGGGCCUCCGGUUGCCCUUGUACGGCUCCAAAUCGUCCAAAGUUCGUGUUUCUUAUCAUUUCUAUCUUCAGAUUUUCACUUUUAUAUAUACAAUAAGUCUACAAUAUAAACCCCUUAAAAUUCUUAAAAGUGUUAACCUAUACGCCCUUAAAAGUGUUAACCAUAUCCACUUAUUGUACUUUUAUUGUGCCACUUCAUAGAAUUUGGUGUGUUUUGUAAAUUUCGUUCUAAAACUCGUAACUUUUCAGCAAUAAGAUUCGUAACAUUUUCACUUGGAUUCAUAAUGUUUCAGUUAAUCUGGUAGCUUUUAUUCUAACAAGUCAUAAUUUAUAACAAUAGAAUGCAUAAUGUUUAGGAUUCGUAACAUUUUCACUGGGAUCGUAACAUAUUGGUGCGUCUCGUAAGUGGUAACUUAUAUACCAAAGUUAUAACUUUUCAAUAAUAAGGGUGUGUAUUUUCAAUAAUAAGGGUGUGUAUUGUUGAAUGUUUUAUAUAAAUCGAUAUGAAUAUCCCUCAAAAGUUUCAGGUUCGAAACCCCGCCAUUAGCUCUUAUGGGCCCAGGCCAUACAUAUUUUCUUCUAACUUUAAUUAGACUCCCGCUAAUGGGCACUGGUAUUGGGUCCUACCGAUUUGUCGAGCUGCAGUCCUAGAUAUUACUCAAGAUAUGCGUAGACUAGUUCACACACCUAGAGUUAUAAAAUAUAAAUAAAAGUUUCUAAUACUGACUUACUAAAGCAAAGAGAUGGCAGAUUCAAUAUUUCGACUCCCAUUUCUGUAUUCUUUGUGUGCCUUCUAAUAAUUUAGUAACUGGAAUUAAUUUCAAUUUUGUUUUCUAUCUCUAAAAAGGUCUUCAUUCUAGUGCUUCUUUGUUCGAGAUAUUCAUUGGUGGACUCUGAUUAGUGAUUAGAAUAGUUGUGUUGUGUAAAGGAAUUGGUGGCUGUUAUUGAAGCAGUAAUAUUAUGGGAAAUUACACUCUAUAUACCCUUGUAUUUUUACUAAAAUCUCACUUCACACCUUCCACUUCCAAUUGUGUUAGGCAAGGUCAAGUCCUAGGUCACAUAGUCUUACAAUGGGACCUUUCGGUCUCCCUCUCAUCAAUCCUCACGUUCUUAAUUCUUGCUAGCACGAAUUUUAGUAGUUGGGAUGUUUUCGAAUGACACUUUCACAGUCUCGCGCUACCGGUUUAGUUCACGUUCACGAACGUGCAUUCUGUAUCUUAGGUCAAGACUCGAGUGUCAAUGUAGCCCUUCCAUUUUUAUUUUUUUUGAUCCACAUGUAGCCCUUCCAUUCAUCUUUCGUUCUGGUGAGGUGUGCAUAUGACCUCACAAUAAGAGUCAACAUAACCAUCAAUUGACCAACAGAUGGAUGAAGGGGCCAAACUUGAGACAUGACCUUAAGUGUAAGAAACAACUGAAAGCUUAGGGUGAAAAUGGAUUUUGGAAUAAGUGUAGCGGUCAAAGGGUAUCUUUUUUAUCCUUCUUUUUGUUGGGUUAAGUGUGUUUUUUGGUCUUUUUCAUGUGGGGUUGGUGCUCAGCUGAUAUGGGGUAUGGAUGUCUAAUAGUGGUGUGAUUUGUGAAGAUGGGUUAUUGGUUGUCAUGCAGUUUUCAGUUCAUAUAUGGCUUUAUUUGGUAAACUGGUAAAGUAGAUAAGUCCCUUUAAGGACCAGUGUCCUCUAGCCUCUUUGUGAAAGGAAAACUACAGUGUCCUCUUCCCUUUUUCUUCCCCUCCUUAAAGGAAAGUGCUUUGUCUGGUCAGCAGCUGCACUAUUCCUCUCAGACAUAUCUCUCUCUCUCUCUCUCUCUCUCUCUCUCCUUUUGAUGUAAUCUUGGAAAAGCCUGUAGACCGUUGAUUGAGAGAGUUCAUCAAAGUGAGAUGAGGGCUAAAAAGAAUAAUCAUAUAAGAGCAACUAAUGAUUUUUGUCCUCCUUUUGAUAAAUGGGCUUUGAUAUUUCCCCCUUUUUUAUUGCCUUGAAAGCUUCAUCAUUAGUCUGAGAGUUGCUUGUUACCCUUCUCUUUUAAAGAAGUUUCUCUCUUUAUUUUUCCUCAUUUACCAGUAUAUUCUCCUCAUCUUUUGACUAUAUCACUUUGACUCAUACUAGUUGUGAACUGGUUUGACCCACAAUGGUGCAGUUUCAAGUGAAUUUUCUUUACUCUAGAUAGAAUAGGACGGGGAUAUUUCGCAUGCUAUUCUUCUUUUCAUGAAGCUGACUCAGUUAUGUGGCUGACAUGCAGACAUGGGGGUCAUUCUUUUAACACCACCCGAGUGGGGCAACUACAGGACAUUCUGCGACCAAUUUUGCCUUAUAAUGCUUGCAUUUUGUGAAAGAUUAAUAAUUCAGACCUGUUAAUAUGUAUUUGUUUUAACCUGUUGAAUCCAACAAGAUUAUCAAAGGAGUCAUUUGGCUACGCGGGUCAGUUGAUUUGUUAAGUUUUGAAGUGGCAAAAACUGUUUAUCCUUAUUGUCCAUAGAUGCGCGCUGGAAAUACGAUUUGCUGAUUAAGGAUACUUGAGGGAUCUAAGCUCCAGUGUCCAGUUCAAGUAAUUUUAUGGCCUAUGAAUGGGAUUUGGGACUGCUAUCAUUUGGGAGGGGUUCUUUUUAAAGAUGUAAUAACUUCAGAAGAGAGAUUCUCAUUCAAGCCAUCCUAGAGUCUUUAUUUCGUCUCCAAACAAGCUGGAUGACCUGAUCAAAUCAUCAAUCAAAUAUCUUCCUAAGCUAUAAUUUUGUUGAAGUUAUGAAUUCUGCACUUCAAUAUAGGCUCUCUUAAUGUCUAAAAUGCAUGAUAUUUGGAUUGUGAUUGUAUAUCUGGAAUUGCAAUAGCAUCUAUAUAAUAUUCUCUUGUAAUUUUUAUUGUUGAGGUCGUUUCCCUAAACCAUACUGUUUCUUAUCUUGAUUCUGUGUCCUUAAGUACGUUUUUCACUAGCAUUUCUUUCCAACUGCAGAAGAUUUGUUCAAUAUGCCUUAACACCAUGAAACCAGGCCAGGGUCAUGCUAUUUUCACUGCAGAAUGCUCCCACUCCUUCCACUUCCAUUGUGUUGCUUCUAACGUAACACAUGGAAGCAAAAUCUGUCCCGUUUGCAGAGCGAAAUGGAAGGAAAUCCCCUUUCAGAAACCUUCCCAUGGAAGGGAAGGAACGCACACUGUUCCGGGGGCCCAAUGGCUUCCCCCCCCUCGCGCCAGUGCAAAUAAUAGGCGGCAUUCUACAUCAUUUUUUCAUCCCUCUGAACCACUCUUUUUCAAUGACGAUGAACAUCUUGAUCACCAACCAGAGCUUACUGAAAAGUCCUCAUUCUGUAAAGAUGUUUAUGAUAAUGACCGGUCUAUUGGAGCAAUAGAGGUCAAAACAUACCCAGAAAUGUCUGCUGUGUCAAGGUCAGCUUCUCAUAAAAAUUUCACUAUCCUAAUCCAUCUAAAAGCUCUUACUAGCAGAAGACAAAAGCGCGGGGCAAAUGAACCUAAUUCUCGUGCUCCAGUUGAUCUUGUCACGGUGCUUGAUGUCAGUGGAAGCAUGGCGGGUACAAAACUAGCGUUGCUAAAACGAGCCAUGGGUUUCGUGAUUCAACACCUUGGCCCUUAUGACAGGCUAUCAGUUAUCGCCUUCUCCUCCACCGCCCGCCGUUUGUUUCCACUCCGUCGAAUGACUGAUACUGGAAAACAAGCAGCGCUACAAGCAGUUAAUGGCCUGACUUCAAAUGGUGGGACCAACAUUGCUGAUGGUCUAAGGAAAGCUGCUAAGGUUGUUACCGACCGGAAGUGGAAGAAUCCAGUGGGCAGCAUCAUACUACUAUCUGAUGGACAGGAUACAUACACUGUCAGCAGUCCAGUUGGUUCCCGUUCCCAAUUCGAUUACCAGCCACUUCUCCCGUUUUCAAAUCAUGAGAAUGGUGGUACAGGAUCAAAGAUUCCAGUUCACGCUUUUGGGUUUGGUGGGGACCAUGAUUCUAAAUUAAUGCACUCGGUCUCUGAAAAUUCUGGGGGGACGUUUUCUUUCAUAGAAGCUGAGAGUGCGAUUCAGGAUGCCUUUGCACAGUGCAUUGGUGGGCUUCUGAGUGUAGUGGUGCAGGAACUGGAGGUGGGAGUUGAAUGUGUUCACCCAAGACUGCAGCUUGGUUCGGUAAAAGCAGGAAGUUAUAAAACAAGAGUGAUGCCUUGUGCAAGACGGGGGUUUAUCGAUGUAGGAGACUUGUAUGCCGAAGAAGAGAGAGAUUUUCUGGUGACAGUAGACAUUCCGGUCGUCGAUGAAGGGUCCUCUGAUGAGACGUCUUUGUUGAAGGUCACAUGUGUUUACAAAGACCCCAUUACAAAAGAAUCGGUUACCUUUGAAGAAGCUGAUGAGCUCAAGAUUCCUAGGCCUGACAUAGUUAGAGACUUAGUGGUGCCAGUGGAAGUGGAUAGGCAGCGGAACAGGCUCUUAGCAGCAGAGGCAAUCGUGGAAGCAAGAACUGCAGCUGAAAGGGGUGAUUUAUCUGGUGCGGUGUCUGUCCUUGGGAGAUGUCAUAAAGCAAUGUCAGAAACCGUUUCCAUGAGAGCUGGUGAUCGGUUAUGCAUUGCCUUGGGUGCAGAACUGAGGGAAAUGCAAGAAAGGAUGGCGAAUCGCCAGGUUUAUGAGUCAUCUGGAAGGGCUUAUGUGUUGUCUGGAUUGAGUUCGCAUUCAUGGCAGAGAGCAACUGCACGAGGCGACUCCACGUAUAGUACAAGCCUUGUGCAGUCUUAUCAGACUCCAUCCAUGGUUGAUAUGGUUACGCAAUCACAGACUACGUUCUUUGGUAAUUCGUCACCUCAACCGUCCGUUAGACCAGCUCGAUCAUUUAAUAUGCGACAUCAGCCAAGGUAAUCAAUCGUAGGCUUGGUUUUUAAUUAUUGCGCCACAUUCCAUAUUUCAGUAUUUCGUUUUAUUUUUCGUGGUUUUGGGAAAAGUGGGGGAGAAUUUGAAGGAAAUAGGGGUAAAUGGGACUUGGAUGUUUCUACAUGGUUCGGUAUAUUUACUUAGUUUUGCAUUGUACGUGAACAUUGGGGAAAGGUGGAGAAAUGGUUUCGGGAAAUGCGAUUAGAAGGGGAAAGUUAGGGGUUCAUCCCAGGGUUUUGUAUAUAAAGGAGGAAUGGUCUUUUUGUCUUUGAGAGGAGAUAUGGGGGUAUAGCCUUGUAAUUGCGGGGAUACUGGGGAGAAAUUCUUCACUUAUGAUAUAAAAUAUCUGCUCUUGAUUCUUUUGACAGAGCCUCUUUUGGUGCA